AUGGCCGCCGAACAAAGGAAGCUGCUUGAGCAGCUCAUGGGAGCCUCCUCCUCGUCGCGAUCCGCUCAACUUUCGCUUAACGACCCGAAAGUCUGUCGUUCGUACCUGGUUGGCACGUGCCCGCACGACCUGUUCACAAACACCAAGCAGGACAUUGGGCCCUGUCCCAAGGUCCACGCCGAGGGAUUGAAGGUGGAAUACGAGGCGCUUCCCGAUCGGGAGAAGCAGAGAUACGGAUUCGAGUACGACUACAUGCGCGACCUGCAAAAGUACAUCGAAGAGUGCAACCGAAGGAUCGAUGCUGCGCAGAGGAGGUUGGAGAAGACGCCAGAUGAGAUUCGUCAAACAAACGUCUUGCUCAAGAACAUAUCGGAACUAUCCUCAUCAAUCAGCAAUGGCUUCCUAGAAGUCGAGGUCCUCGGCUCCAUGUCCGAAGUCUCCCGCGCCCAAGACGAGCUCUUCCGGGUCAGGCAAGCGAUACAGGCCAAGGCCGAGCGCGAGCGCGAGCUGAAGGCGCUGUCCGAUACGUCUGGGCCCUCGGGCCACCAGAAACUCCAGGUCUGCGACGUGUGUGGCGCAUACCUCAGUCGCCUCGACAACGAUCGUCGCCUCGCAGAUCACUUCUACGGAAAGAUGCACUUGGGUUACGCGCAGAUGCGCAAGACUUACGAUGCCUUCCCGAGGGAGAUGAAGGGCCGCGCUCGACAGCCUCUGGACGAUGAUGGGCCUGGCGGAGGCCCAAGGGGACCUAGGGGGUCAGGAGGCUACAGAGGCGGAAGAGGGGGCAGAUCGUAUCGCGGAGGCUGGUGA